UCAGAUAUGGCCUGGCAAGCAUUGGAUCAGGCGUCCUAUGUCUGUCGCAGCCCCUGCUCAGCUGUGGGUAUCAGUCCUGCCCGGCUUGCAGCAUUGUGGAGGACGCUUUGUGCUGCAGAAGGAGACCGCCAAUGACAAGCCGCUGUGGAAGAAAGCAGACGACGAGGUCUGGAUCUAUGCGAACAAGUCGGGCCAUUGGUGUUUUGGUGGGCCAGAUGCAAAGUUGCAUAACUUUGACUACAACCGGUGCUACCUGUACCUGAAGGAUGCCGAGCUGCCCAGCUCCUUGUGCUUGUGGCAAGCCUGGAACGGGGCGCGCGGAUGCUGGGCGCAGACCAGCUUGUGUGUCUCGGAAGCGCCGCAGCCGCCGCCGGGGCAAUGCCAGGCUCUGGCGGCCGGGGAGGUGGCGCAGCUCCGCGCCUGGGCGGAGCGCCAGCGCAGGAAGCGCGACUGGUGGCUCCCCCCGGCGCCGCCCGAGCUGCCGGAGCAGCCGCAAACGGAGCAGAUGGAGCAGAUGGAGCAGAGGGCCACAAGCCUUGCGCAGCUGGGAAUUGACCUUGCGUCGCCACUGUUUGAAGAACGGGGGCAGACCCUGCUCAUGCUGGGGGCAGAGCAGGGCUGGUUGCAGCUGUGCAGACACCUUUGCACUGCGACAUCUGCCUCAAGGCUUGCAGCCUACCUGAAUGCACAAGAGGACGAGUCUGGUUACACGGCCCUGUUCUAUGCUGUCCGCGCUGGCCACGCGGAGGUGGCGCGUUUACUGCUGGACGCCAAGGCGUCGCCCAACGUGGAGACUUCGCGGUCGCGGACCACGCCGCUUCUGCUGGCGCUGCAGCGCCGCGAGGCGUCGCUGGUGCAGCAGCUGAUGGCGUGCCGGGCGGACGUGCCCGGCAAGCCCGAGGACCUUGCAGACACGGAGGAGAUGCGGCUUUUGCUAACUGCCCCGGCACGCAACAUUCGGCGGCGGCUGGUCAUCUACACAUCAGAGGACCAGAUCGGCAUCCAGUGGUUUGAGACAAAGGGCGUCAUGCUCGUCCGAUCCUUGCGCCCAGAAGAGAAGGCGAGUCAGGCAGGAGUACGGCCUGGGUGGGUGCUGCUGACUGUAGAUGGUGCUGCGCCAAAGUCUGCGCCUGUGCCACCGGUGGAGCUGGAGUUUCAGCGGCCGCUGCAGCUGCCUGACGACUUCUGGCAGCGUCAUCUUGCGGAGAUGAUCGAUGCAAAUCGAUGCACAUCGAUGCACAUCGAUGCAAAUGCCUGCCUUGUGCCCAAGAGCAAGGGCAAGGGCAAGGGCAAGGAGGCAGAGGAGGCAGAGGCAAAGCGUCAGCGGGUGGAAGCCUGGAUGGAGUGUGAGCCUUGGGAAUACAAGAAUGAGAACUACGAGGCAUACUACCGGCGCCAGGGUAUUUGCUCGGAGGAGGAGUUCUUGAAGAUGCUGGAGUCGCUUCGCACAGGGCUUCCCGUUGCGAUUCGGGUCAACCGGUUGCGCCUGGGCGCGGCUUCGCUGCGCGAGCGCCUGGAAGAGCUGGCGGCCUUCAGCGGCGCCCCGAGACUCCGCGUCGCAUCGGAGCCGGAGCCGGACGAGUCGGACGAGUCGGAAGACUUGGCUUCAAGCGAUGCCUCAGGCGACGACAUGCAGUGCUACGCCCCGCAGAAGCUCACCUGGCGCGCGAUCGGAGUUCGGAAGGAAUCUGGUUGCACGGUCACAUUUUGGCAAGAUGCGCUCAUGGAGCAUGGAAGUGGCUCAACAGCACGGUGCCGCUGCAACACGACACUGGAUCAAGGAGAAUUACGAUCGGUCUAG